AUGUCUUCAGAGAGAUGUUCUUCUCGCUCAACAUAUUCCCCACCGAGUCUUGCGCAACAUGAAACCCCCUCUGAAUUGCUGGAGCACCAACAAAAGCGACAGCGACAACAACAGCAGCAGCAGCAGCAGCAGCAACCCCGCAGCGAUGACCCUGAAUCUCCGAUGAAACCGAAGCGACGACGGCGUUUACCAACGACCGACGAUGGGCCACCCAAGAACCAGAUAUUCUAUUUUGUUGACUCGAACUCCUCAUCGCGGGAGAAACGGGCGCACGUAAUGCGGCACCAUGUCCAGGAGAAACGCCGACAGCGCAAGGCUUCGAAUGCAGACAGCGACAGCGACAGGAUGUCGAGCCAGGGCGUCCGUUAUGUCCCUUGGCAGGACCAGGCAUUAGAGCACGAGGAUCACAGACUGGGCGCGGCUCAAGACGGUGGAAUCAAUGGGUUCUCUUCUGGCAGUAGCUCAGUGUUUCGAGCAGGAUACCCGCCUUUGAAACCGUCUUCCCAUUCUCUUGCUCAUAUUCAGUCGACUUUACCUGUUUAUGAUAUUCCUAGGAAAGAGUCCAUUAGCAGUCUACCAGUGGGCUUGAGCCAAGAGGAUCUGGAGCUAGCAGAUUUCUGGAAUACCAGAUUGACUUACUGGUCGGGGCAGAACAAGCACAUGAAGGACCAUAUUUUUCGAACCGCCAUGGGCCAUCCUUUGACUUUCCAGGCGGUCGUUUUAACAUAUUGCGCGCGAUGGAAAGCCCAACUUUACAAUUUACCAGAAGGCUUUGAAGUGCAACGUCAUGUCGGACAGGCUGCGCGCGGAGUGGAAGAGGCCCUCGCGGGCAUUAUACCUAUUCACGAGGAUCAUCUCGCCAUGGCAUUGACUGGGAUGGCUUUACAAGAAGAACGAUUCGGGCAGAAAUCGAUUGCCCGCGCAUAUAUCGACCGGGCGGUUCAGAUCCUUCGAUCACGGGCGGGAUCCAACAAUGCGGUUGAAGUAUUUCUACACUACGUGCGAUAUAUUAUGACACCCCCGAACCCUGGUUUUGGUAUCGACUCGGACGGGAAACAAUGGCUACUGACCUUCCUACGGGGAGCGGAAGAAUUAAUGCGGGAACACAACACCCCGGCGUAUCUGUCAGUGGUCCCGCAACGACGCGAGGCCUUUCAGAUGGACAGUCCCCUAUUCCCAUUACUAUCUAGCGGACCUCGUCCAUCACAGGUGCCCAUAGAAGCGCGCAUGUAUGUGGUGAAGGAUGCGCCAACACAGGAGAUUACGCGGACGGCUGCCUUGAUCUACAUAACAGCAGCCUUGUGGGAUGUUCAAGAUUCGCCGAGUAAAAUGAGGCGAUUCCUUAGCCAAGCGGUGAUCAUAGCGCACGAACACGCCCUUGACCGGUCCCAAGCGUGCGAGACGCUUGUAUGGCUGCUGCUGGAGGAACGGUGGGACGCGGACCUGCGCGAUGCGGAACGAGGUUGGUCGACGGGGGAGUUGCUCAAAACGCACAAGCAACUGCGACCCGAUUUACAGUUUCAGUUUACCGAGAUCCUGAUGAGUUUUUUGAUGAUGACCCCGCCGAUAAGGGGGAUCAGUAUGUUUGCAGAGGAGCUAAACAGUUGA